AUGAGACCUAUGAUCGAAUUAAUAUGGAUAAACUUCGUGGUCAGAGUUUAUCUCUACACGAAGUCCAGAAUUAAUUUGUCAUGUAUUAAAUUCUGGAUCUGUUACAGAAUUUUGCGUGGAGUCUUUCUUUUACUAGAUGAAGAAAUCAUAGAAUUUCGAAAACAUGACCAUAAACUCGACAAUCAACAAAUCCACGAUAAUAUCAAGGCGCUUCUCUCUCACCCACAGAAAUUCGUUGUGCCUUUUGAUAAGGAUUCCGAUGAGAAGAACAAUGACCAUGGCGAAAAAGUGGUUAUUACAUUGUCACCACCUGACAUGAUUUCAAGUAAUAGCAUUACUUCAACGUCUUCGACAUUGGAGUCUUUCGAAAGAGAUUUGAUACGAAUACAACGAGUCAGUCGCGCCCAAAUUUUGAGUCUCCAGGGUUUAUUGUCGCGAAUUACUUUGCAGCUGUCACAAAAUCACAAGGUUGAAAAGAAAAUAGAUAAAGGCAACGACCUAAGUAGUCUACCGCCCAAAGAGAUUCCGACUGAAUUGUUGGGUGUUAAAUCAACUUUUCAGCAAAAUCUUGAUGAAAAGAAAACCAAACUCUUCAGUUUUGGUAAUCCCCUCAAUAUUCCAAGUAAUCACCAAACAUUUCGACCUAAAAAAGUCACUAUACUGAACGAUACCAAUACUCAAGAAGACAGUAAAGAUUGCAUCUCUAAUAUUCAAGACGGCGGAAAUAACGACUCCAUCUCCCGACCUAAAAUAAUUCGUGUUACUUGGGACGAAAGUAAAAACAGUGUUUUCACUUUCCAAUCUCAAAAUCCCUCUAAAACUGAAAAUAACGCAAGGCCAAUCAACAGUGUUCAAGAAAGUAAUCGCCAACAAAAAGAAAAUUUUAGUAUCAAAGGCGGUAAUCACGAUGUUACAUUUAGACUCAAAGAAAUCUCGAGUGUUCAGAGCGACAAAUAUCACGAUUCUAUCUUUCGAUCUAAAAGAGAUUCUGUUAUUCAGGACGGUAGUAAUAAUUUAACUUUUCAGAAUAAAGCAGUGUACGGUGUCAAAAUUGACAGUAAUAAUAAUCGCACUACCCGAUGUGAAAAAGUGGCUAAUAAUCAUGGGCAUACCUUCCAAUCCAAGGAAUUUUCUAAUGUUGGAUAUAAUAAUUCUUCUUCUUCUUUUCGGACCAAUAAAAUGUCGAGUAUUCAGGAUGAUAAUGAUCGUAAGUCUAUCUUCCGGUUCAAGAAAGUCCCUAGUGUUCAAGGUGACAAUGAUUCCGCCAUCCUAUCCAAAAAAUACUCCAAUAUGCGAGGCAACAAUAAUCAUGUUCCUGCCGUCCAUUUUAAGAAAGUCUCUAACGUUCGAAUGAAUCAUAGCAACUCUACGCUUCGCGAUUAUAAUGAGUUGAUCUUCCGCCUUAAAACUAUUGCGCAAACCGAAAAUCUCAAACGAAAAAAUUACUCUGGGAUUGAAAAGCCUAACGAAAUAAGGAUGAUGGAAGAUAGAAAAGAUCGUCUGCUAAAGAACAAGCCAUCUGAUCUUUCAUCAACAAUGUUUACAGAGGAUCACAGUCUUCGACAAUACUAUAAGAAUAAAUGCAAAGAUCUGUCGAAAAGCUAUUCAAAUCUUGUUGAGGAGGUCACAAAGAAAUGGAGAACCGAGUUUGAUAUGAUACUUUGGCCAAAGUUGGAAGCGGGAAGGAAAAAGGCGGAAGAAGAUUGUCAAAAGUCAAUUUCGAAUUAUGAUGAGAUCCAUCACAUGAAAUGGAGGGCUGCUUUUAGAAGGAAAGGUGUAUAUGAGUCAAUAAAUUUUAAUGAAUGUCUGCUUCUUCCCUUAUUCGGCGCAAUUACCGACCGUUGGUUUGAAAGCUUUGUUUUAUUUCAAAUGGAGCUUAUCAAGUACUUUAAUGCACAGUAUAGAAUCCUUUUGGACACAUUCCAUGAUCAGAUAAAGGAUAAAUUUGAAAACUCAUUUCCUGAAAAACAUCAAUUCUUCAAAAACAUCCAAAGUGCAGCGGAUGUAUAUUUCAAGAAGGAAUCGAGUAGAGAAAUACUUGAUAAAAUUUUAAAUAAGGGCAAUUUAUUUCGUUUCAAAAUGGAAUGUGGUAUCCAGAAAGCAAUGGAUCCAGCAUAUACAGAAAUGGAUUCACAUAUGAAAUGGUGUGAAUUAAAAUCGUUAUUCUCAAGGUACAUAUACAAGAACAGGAGGAAAAUUUUUGAUUCGGCAAUGAACGAGGCAAAGAAUGUCGAACAAGAAUUUUUCAAGGACUUCAUUAAACCCGUUAUUAGAAGAGGAGUUCGAUUGUUGGCGGUGGUUGUUCUGGGUGAACAUGACUUCAUUCGCGAAGUUGACAAAGUCAAGGUCGCCGCCUAUGUGAAGACGGACAAAACCAAAUUCGCGCAACUCUGUGAGAACUUGAGAACUUUGGAGGUAGAUGAUGAAAUUUGUGACAAAGUUUUAAAGCUAUGGAGUCAAGUAGAUGAUUAG